UCCUUGGAUUACGGUAUUUCAGAAAGAGUUCUUCGAGAAGCUGAACAACUGACUGGUCUCGAACUGGUCGAAUAUAUCAACAGUGUUCAGAGCCUAUUCAAGACAAAGUUGUCACCUCGCUUUGCGCAGUAUCCAGAUGAAGUCAAGAAACGUCUCAUGGGAGUCAAGCACGUCGCCAUCCCAGACGAGUUCAGAGUAGACGAGAAGACCCACGACGAAAUCGAUGAUGCUGCUAUCCCUGACUCGUUCGAUGCCCGAACCAAAUGGCCUCAAUGCCCAUCUAUUCGUUCCAUUCGUGACCAGUCUUCAUGUGGCUCAUGCUGGGCAUUCGGAGCAGCUGAAGCAAUGACUGAUCGUAUAUGCAUUGCAUCGAACGGCAAGGAACAGUUCACGAUCUCUGCUGACGAUAUUCUCUCAUGCUGCGGAAUUAUCUGUGGCAAUGGAUGCGAAGGAGGUUACCCACUCCAGGCCUGGAAGUUCUGGGUAAAACACGGUGUCGUCACUGGAGGUAACUACACCUCAAAGGCCGGCUGCAAGCCUUAUCCAUUCCCACCAUGCGAGCACCACAACAAUGCCACCCACUACAAGCCAUGCCCAUCUGAUCUCGAACCCACGAACAAAUGCGAGCACAGUUGCCAAGCCGGUUAUUCAACGAGCUACACUGAUGACAAGCAUUUCGGAGCUACCGCCUAUGCCGUAUCAAAGAAGGUCACUGAUAUCCAAAAGGAAAUCAUGACCAAUGGUCCAGUGGAGGUGUCCUACAACGUCUACGAAGACUUCGAACACUACACUGGAGGAAUCUACGUGGUUCGUUAA